CGACGGCAGCGAGGUGCCCGAGCACUCAAACCAGCGCAACUGACCGUCUGCGUCUGCGUCUGCGUCGGCGGGCCAAGCCGCUCCAUGAACUUCUUCAGCAGCGGGCCCAACCUCGAGAAGCAGGUCUUCGACCUGAAGCUCACCAGCAAGCAGUUUGACCGCAUGUCUGCAAAGAGCACGAAGCAGGAGAAGGCGGAGCUGCUCAAGGUGAAGAAGGAGAUGGAGAAGGGCAACAUGGACGUGGCUAGGAUCCACGCACAGAACGCGAUCCGCAUCCGCAACACCGCGACCAACUACCUGAAGCUCGCCAGCCGCAUGGACGCGGUCGCCGCGCGGAUUGACCAGGCGAUACAAAUGAAGGCUGUCACCAAGCAGAUGGGAGGCGUGGUCAAGGGGAUGGACAAGGCGCUCAAGUCGAUGGACAUGGAGCAGAUAGGGAAGGUGAUGGAGCAGUUUGAGAGCUCGUUUGAGAACCUCGACCUCGCGUCGGCCACGGUGGAGAACGCGCUGGGGGGGGCCACCGCCGCCUCGAUGCCCGAGGCCGAGGUCGACGAGCUGCUCGACGCCGUCAGUGCCGAGCACGGCCUCGAGAUUGCAAACAAGGCGGCGGCGGUGGGCAAGGGGGCGGUGCAGAUGGGGGCGGCGGCGGACGAGCACGAUGACGCGCUCGAGAAGCGGCUCCAAGCGCUGCGCGAAGGCGCGAUGUGAGGGCGCUGCCUUGGACGAGUUGGGGUGUACGGGUCUCGUGCUGUGUCUUGUUGUCAGUGAGAGAGAGCCGCGGGCGGCGGCGGCCCGCGGCGGUCGCACACGCGCUCGCGGCGCGGGUGCCGGCGACGCACACGGCGUGCGCGGCGAGGCGGGGAGGGCCCUCCGUGGGACAAGGGGCAAGGAGCGCCAUGGUACAUUACGCCUCGAGUUCAUGUGAGUUCAAGUUGCUCAU